GGAUAUUGAAAAUAAUUAAAUAGGCAAGUAAAUUCGAGACAUUUAAAUCCUCUUUUUGUUUUCGCGCAGAUAUGCACCGCAGUUUUACAACAGAAGAAAAUAAUGACUUCAAGGGAAUUAUUCCUAUUAUUGAUCAUGAUGAAGAAAAGCCUAUCACUGUACCUCAAACAUUACUUAACGACUCUAAUAUUUCAGAUGGUGAAAAGUGCGAUAAAACAGAUAAUAUCAAUUGUAUUGUGGGCGCUUUAAGAUGUGCACUUGUUAGUUUCGAGUUAGUUGUGACUUGGCUCAUUUUCUCGGCUUCUAGAAGGCAUAUACAGGCUGAAAAUAAUUGCACGAAUGAUAUUAAAAAUCUAUGUAAUGAAGCCAAAUCGUUGCAAGCAAAAUUAAGAGACAAAAAGGGUUUGAUAAUAAGUCAUUUUCAGAACGUCGUUUCAAAUCUUUCCGAGGAAAAGUGAAAUGACACUUGAGUUAACUACAAGUUAACCUCAUCUUUUAGACUUUCACUUUUUUUUAGAAUAAAUCCAAGUUAUGCAUAUUUAUGAGCGAGAAUUUUGUAACCUGAAAAUUUUCCCAUAUAAACACUGUUAAACUAUAAAAUAGAAUAUAUCUACACUAUCAAUUGUAACUAUCAGCGUGCAAACAGAAACGUUGUGAUUACUAAAAUCAAGAGCGUA